GAGGCUCCCCGCCCAGCCAACACUCAAGAUGAGGACACUUCGGCGCACUCAAGGAGCCCUGCUUACGUGGCGCCCAUCCCGACGAUAGGCAGCAUUCCACCGGUCUCGCCGGGGAUACAAAUAUCUGCCGCGGACCGCCCAGUUAUCCCGCCCCCCAUCGGCGCUCUGCUCACCGGAAAGCCCGUGGAUGAAGAUGGCGACGUGGUAGACCUCAAGACGGGGCAGGUCCUGGCGCACGCGGCCGGCGACCUGCCCUCGAUGGUGGGGAGGCGCGUGUCCAACCCGCAGGGCGACAUUCUGGGCGACGACGGGGAGCUACUGGGCUACGUCGCCGACAUCGAGUGGGGGCGCGCUCGGCCGCCACCGGCAGCACCAUCCACAGCGCCGCCGCGCCGCCUGCUCGACCUCAUGGGCCGCGCCACGAGCUCGCUGAUGGUCGACCACCUCGGGAACAUCCUCGACGCCAGCGGCGCCGUCGUCGGCAGGUUCCAUGACAACAACAACCCGCUGCACCGCAAGGAGAAGGAGGAGAGAGAGGCCCGUGAGCGGGCGCAGAAGCAGGCGCAGGCGGCAGCGGAAGCCGGGAAGUCAGAGGCGCGCCGUCAGCAGCGGUCGCCUCCUCCAACACCAGCUUCGCCUGAGCAGCAGCAGCAGCAACAGCAGGAGGAGGAGGAAGAGCCAUCCCAACCACCUACCGGCGAGGAAGGUGAACCCAGGCCAAGACGCACAGAGGAGGAGAGGAGGCAGAACGCGGCGGCGUGGAGGAAGGAGAAUCCAAACGAGAGCCCGUCCGAUAUUUUCCUGGACGUGAAGUCGACGAGGGAGGGGAUCCAGCUUACAAUCCGGAUUCCGACUGUGUUUAAUGGUCAGCAGACCACACCACACGUCUCA